GAAGGGAUCAGUCUCUCUCCUCAGCAACCGCGCACAGACUGCAAGGUCGCUCGAACCGCCGGAGCUGGUACUACAGGGUCCUCGGCAACUUUAUGCCGAAAAACCUUCAGCCCAGAACUCGCUGCACACCAGCUACGGAGAAGGACCGUCACUAGGACCCCACAGAAUGGAGCAAGAAUGAACAGAAAGUGGCUGAAAGAAAAGCAUGAACUGGAGGUUUAUUGAAUUCAUCUACUUACUGUUUAUAUGGGACCAUAUAACAGUAAAACCUUCCCACCAGGAUCCUACAGCCACCCAGAACCAUGUCACCAAGCAGUUUGAUUGGCUUAUAUCGGACAGGGGCCCUUUCCACAAUUCGAGGGGUUAUUUAUCCUUUGUGGAAAGAUAUCGUCAAGGAUAUACAACAAGAUAUAAAAUAUAUAGAGAGUUUGCACGAUGGAAGGUGAGAAAUACUGCAGUCGAGAGGAGGGACCUAAUCCGGAAUCCUAUCCCACUGAUGCCUGAAUUCCAAAGAAGCAUUCGCUUGCUUGGAAGAAGGCCUUCAACCCAGCAAGUGAUUGACACCAUUAUCCGAAAGUACGGAACACAUGUCCUGUCAUCUGCAGUCCUUGGAGGAGAGGAAGCACUUACUAUGUAUAUGGACAAAAGCAUGUUAGACAGAAAGUCAGUAAAUGCCAGUCAGAGUGUAGAGGCCCUUCAUCAGCUAGCCUCUUCAUAUUUCAUUGAUCGUGAUGGGACCAUGCGAAGACUUCAUGAAAUCCAAAUCUCUACUGGAGCAAUCAAGGUGACCGAGACACGGACCGGACCACUGGGAUGUAGCAGCUACGAGAACCUUGACUCAGUGAGCUCAGUACUACUGCAGAGUCCUGAGAGCAGACUGCACUUGCAAGGUCUCCAGGUUGUUCUUCCUGAAUACCUAAGGGAAAAGUUUGUGCAGUCAGCCUUAAGUUACAUCAUGUGCAAUGCGGAGGGGGAAUACAUCUGUAAGAACAGCCAGUGUGCUUGUCAAUGUGCAGCAGAAUUCCCACAGUGUAACUGUCCCAUCACCGACAUCCAGAUCAUGGAAAAUACAUUGGCUGGGCUUACUGAAGCUUGGAAUACUGCCUAUAAGGAUUUUGAAAUGUCAGUUGAGUUCAAGAACUUCUUGAAACGUUUACCCACCACCCAUUUCCUGAUGAUGGGGACCGUUCACCAGUACUGGGGCAAUGACUGGGAUCUCCAAGCACGCUACAAGAUGCUUCUGAGCCGUGUGGAGAUGUUGAAGCUGAAGAUCCAACGCACAGCCCGCAAGCUUUUUAGUCUCAGUAUUCGUUGCCGGCACAAUCCCAACCACCAGAUGCCUCGAGAAAGGUCAGUUCAUCAGUGGCUGAAUCGAGUCCAGUCGUUUUUAUACUGCAGCGAGAACGGGUACUGGGGCAUCUUCCUGGAGAGCCAGAAGACCUGCGUGUGCCACACUGUUGCCAAUCUGUGCCAGCGGGCCAUCCCCUGCAACAUCGGUAGCAACAGCAGCUGCGCCAUGUGCAGCCUGGCCAACAUCUCCCUCUGCGGUUCCUGCAACCGGGGAUACAAGCUGUACCGGGGCCGCUGCGAGCCUCAGAAUGUGGACUCGGAGCGUAGCGAGCAGUUCGUCAGCUUUGAGACGGAGCUGGACUUCCACGACCUGGAGCUGAAUUACCUCCUGGCCAAGAAGGACUCGAGACUAUCCAUCCAGACCAUGUUCAUUAGCAACGAGAUCCGCCUGGACACCUUCUUCGACCCCCGAUGGCGAAAGCGGAUGUCGCUGACCCUUAAGAGCAACAAAAACCGGGUGGACUUCAUCCACAUGGUGGUGGGCCUGUCCAUGAAGAUCUGCCAGAUGAGAAACAGCAGCCUGGACCCGAUCUUUUUUGUUUACAUUAACCCCUUCAGCGGCAGUCACUCGGAGGGCUGGAACACGCCGAUUGGCGAGUAUGGUUAUCCCAGCUGGGAGAAAACGAGACUGCACGACUCUCCGUGCUAUAACUGGACCCUGCUCCUGGGUAACCGGUGGAAGACAGUCUUCGAGACUGUCCACAUCUAUCUGCGCAGCCGGGCCAAGCUGCCGGCCGCCCUGCGCAACGAGACGGCCCAGGGUCCCGUGGACCUCUCGGACCCCAACAAGCGUCAGAUCUAUAUCAAGAUCUCAGACGUGCAGGUGUACGGCUAUAGCCUGCGCUUCAACACCGACCUGCUGCGCAGCGCGGUCCAGCAAGUCAAUCAAUCAUACGCGCAGGGCAGCCAGUUCCACUCCUCGUCCUCGGUCAUGUUGCUGCUGCUGGACAUCCGAGAGCGCAUCAACCGGCUGGCACCGCCCGUGGCCCCAGGCAAGGCGCAGCUGGACCUCUUCUCCUGCAUGCUCAAGCACCGUCUCAAGCUUAACAGCAGCGAGGUCAUGCGGGUAAACCACGCCCUGGACAUUUACAACUCCGAGGUCCUGAAGCAGGCUGACCUACUGACAACGAAACUUUGUUGACUUUUUCCGACAGGAUUUGUACAGCGGCAAAAAAAAAAGAGAGAGAGAAAAACACAAACACACGUACCACAAAGUGAUUUCUUGGGGAAAGGCAAGGAGUCGAUGGGGAGUGUUGGGAAGGGGCAUUGGGUGAUUCAGCAAACCAAUUCGUCCAAGCAUGGUUCUUCUCCCUUCAGACAAGGACACCUUUGUCAUUCCCACCUUACGCGAAGGAAGGCCUUCCAGGAUGUGAGGCAGUCAGAAUUAUUUGUUGUGAACUACUGCCAUUCCAAAAUAUUAUUCGCAUUCAUAUAGUUUCCACAGGUGCACAUGCUAGCUGGUAACUAGCAUGAAUUUGUACAGAAAAUGCACACACCCACACACACAUGCGUGCACACACACAUACACACACACACACACACAUACACACAUACACUCUCAGACUCAUACAAGCACACACACAUUCACACUCAUACAAGCACACACACACACACACCCCAUUACAAAUACACACACAUACACACAAAGAAAAUAAAAAUGGUUCUACUGGGGUAAGUGGGAUGUAAAACAAUUCAAAAAUAAUUAAGGAAUAAGGGAAUGUGCCAUAUAUGAGCAAGUGUGGAGCUUUUUUAUGGGGAAGUCGGGAGUUUAUUGAGGUGGGGGAAGGCACUGUUAUGAACAAUUACAUUCUGUCUGUCGGUGACAUUCUUUGGCACGGUAGGACUGGAUUCAGGGAGCACCUUAAAACACCCAUUUCCCCAAAAGUCACAUCAAUCUCACUUCAAGCUGUUUGUCAAGUGCCCCCUCAAAAGGUGGUCUCUUGAAUUCAAUAAUCAUAUUCAGAGUUGUAGAACUUGUAGCCACAGAGCAGUGCAGUGUAUGUUAUCCUAAACGUCCAGCAUUUAGAACAAAAAUUAAGCAGCAUCUUUGGUGAUAUUGACUCAGCAUUGGUUAACGAUAGUUGGCACAUCAGAAAAAAAUUUCUUAAUUGGAAAAGCUCAAAAGGGGAAGGAGGUCAGCUCGUAAAUUGAGAAAUAAAGAUUCAUAAUUUGACAGUGUUUACCCCUCACUGUUUGAUUAAUGAUGUGCAGAUGUUUAAGGGCCAUCCACUGACUUAAUAAUUCAACACAAGCAUUUUUUACUUCCAUCAUCAGUAGGAAAUAUUCAGAAAGACCUGAUGAUUUUUUUUCUCUCAAUAAAAUGGGAAAGUGCUGAAAAUACAGAAUUAUCCAGAUGACAGCUGAAACAAAGCAAAAAUAUUUGCCCAUCGUUUGGAAAAUACUUCAUCCUGUCAGAAGACAAUUUCAUUUUCUUUUUCAGAUGCUGAGUGGCCCGUGCAUUCCUGUCAUUUUCAUUUUUAAAAAUGAUUUUAAAUAACUGUUUUAAUUCUUGCAUUAUAUUUUCUUUCUCAGUCCUGAAGAAGGGUGUUGGCCAAAACAUCCAGUCUAUUCAUUUCCAUAGAUGGUGCCUGACCUGCUGAGUUCUUCUGGCAUCUGUGUGUGUUGCAUUCUAUUUUCUUUUGCACUGUCUGUCCUUAAGUGAGUGGAGCUCAUUGUGGCCCCUGACUGGUCAAAAUCUGAUGUACAUUUCCUGGCAAGGAUUCAGUUCCUACAGUUUUAAAACCGGCUUAUAAUUUCAGAAAAGGUCCCCGACCCUGAGACAUUCUGACUAAUUAAUUUGUCACGCAUGUUCAACUUACGAAGGACCACGCAGUUUGGAAUAAUAAAUCUGCGGGUGGGUUCAGGAAGAGAAAGUCCCAUUGUUAAAUGUGGGAAUGAAAACUAGUUUCCAGCAUUUCACCUGAUCCUGCAGCCCAGUACUGAUAUGUAUACGUUAAAAAGACCUCCAAAAGUAUUAUGAAGUUUGUAGAAUGAUGAACAUUUUUAAAAGAUUUUAUUAUCCUGACUUCAACGUUCUCUUUUGCAUCCAUGUACCUUACAUCAUAAUUCAGCCCAAUUUCCACACAAUAGUCAUCUUCAUGUUGACGGCAUGAGUCUCAGCUUAAAAAUCUAGGAGUAGUUCAACAACUGUGUGUGUGUGUGUGUGUGUGUGUGUGUGUGUGUUCUGGACCAAGUUUCAAUUUUCAUUAAUUGCCUCUCGUUUUAAUAAUUCUAUCCAUCCUUUGAAACUCUAAUGCAAAGCUUCUUUUGUGAAGUGUUUUAGUCUAUUCAGUACUGAUGUGACAUUCCUUGACAGAUGCAAGAAAAGUAAAAACCAACUGCUUGUGAAUCUCAUACAUCCCUAUUCUUUACACUUAAUUGUGUUCUUGUUGGGUGGCAUUGUUCUCUUGUUUUUUUCUCUCCCCUAUACAUAACUGUAAUUCUUCCAAGUUUCUCCACAUAAGGUCAAUAUUCCCUCUGGCAGGUUCAAACAAUGAUUGGGAUGUUAGGAAAGAGGAAAGGCCUCCCAUUCCUGAUCACUGUCUAUUGUUGGGAAUGUCUGCUGUUUUAGAAGACAAGUCUGGAAUAUUCUUGUUCCUUUGUUAUCUUACAAUAAUCUGAACAAUCUCAAGUCAUGUUUCAGCUCAGCUGGAUGGCUGUGAUAUAAUAUCUUCUCCACUAUGAGGUAUAUACGUAUAGCAUUAAUUAUCAUUUUGCCAUUUCCCACUCCACUGUUGUGUCUGCUUUCUGCAGAUUUGGUGGUACAUUGAACUGUCUUUUUUGCAGUGUAGGGCAGAGAAAGGAAAGAAAUUUGCAUAGACCUAGGAACUGGAGCAUAGGAGAAUGAGAGGAGAUUUGAUAGAGAUAUCCAAAAUUACAAGAUUCAUUGUUUGAUGAGGCUUCAUAGUUUGGUUUCAACAUUUCAGAGAAAUUUGGAUAUGUAUGUGGAUGGGAGGGAUAUGCAGAGCUAUAGAGGGACGAGACAAUAACAUUUUGACAUAGACUAGAUGGGCUGAAGGGCCUGCUUCUGUGCUGUAUUGCUCUGUAACUCUAUAACUCUGGGAUUGCUAUGGACUUAAUGAGUUGAAUGCCCACCUUCUACAUCAUAGGUAAACUAGGCAUGGGGGGGGGGCAAUGAGCAUAAGAUUUAUGGAUACUAUUGCUGCGGUGAUAUUUAAUCAGAUCACUCGAUCUGCAUCUUAAGGAGCAGGUACUUGGCAGAUUAUACUCGUGUAGAAGAAGCAGAAUUGUUGGAUACUGCAAAAGAGUUUUUCUAUUCAUUCAACUAUUUCUUGGGAACACAAAGGGAAUAUAUUCACAAGAAUAUCCCAUUCUCUUCAGGUUCUGAAAAUGAAGGCCCUUCAGAGACAUAGUCAUUUCUAUGAAAUGUAAAACAGAGGUAAAAUGUUAAGACAGGGGUUUUAUAUCCACCCGUAUUGGCCUACAGACGUGUAUGGCAUGACAGUGAGAUUGGACAAAGCCAAGUUUGUGAUAGGACCACAACAGUAAGCAAUUUAGGUUCCCUACAUUCCUGCUUUGUGGAAAGCUUCACAGAGACAACAUUGAGAAGAUCCAAUGGGAAAAUUGAUGACCAACCUCUGGAUAUUUUUACAAACUUUUGUAAAUGUAAUAUAGAUUCUCAUCCAAGUGCUCAUCUCCUUUUGUUAAGAGAACUUCAUCUCUAGUUUCUGAAACAUGAAAGAAGAAUGCAAAUACUAGAAUUCUGAAAUAAAAACAGAGGAUGCUUAAAAUAUUCAUCAUGUCAGGCAGCACAUUUGGGGAGAGAAAUGAAGUUAACUUUUCAUCGAAACUGAGCAAAGUUAGCAGUCAACUAUGUUUUAAGUUACAGGCAGAAGGUGGAGAGAAUAAACAGAUUCUCUAUGAUAUGGAAUGCUGGAAUGAAAGGAAAGAGAAGUGAGGAUAAAUCUGUUGACAGCAUCAUGUUGAAGGUCGUGGAAAAUGCAGGAUUAUGGUGGUGUGGUGGAGGGGACAGAAAUGUUGGUAAUCGAACAUAUGCAACUGAGUCCUCUGUUUCUCAAUCACUGCCAUUUCCUUUAUUUUCUCCACUCCCCUAAUUGUUCUUAAAACAUGCUUAAUUUCUUUUCUCUGUACCGGUGAAAAGUUAGGGGCCAGAAAUGUUGACUCGCUUUCUCCCCACAGAUGCUGCAUGACCUACUGAGUACCCUCCACAUCCCGUUUUAAUCUCCAGCAAACCCUUUCUGUUUCUUGGACCUCCAGCAUCUUGAAUGUUCCAUUCUGGCAUCUUCCCUCUUCCUUCUCAGCCCUGAAGAAGGGUCUUGGCAUGAAACGGCGACUGUCUAUUCAUUUCCAUAGAUGCUGCCUGACCUGCUGAGUUCCUCCAGCAUUUUGUGUGUAUUGCUUUGAAUGUUCCAUGCCCAAAGCAUAACAAUCAAAUGUCUCUGAUGUUUUCAGCUCUAACUUCACAAUUAACACAUCAAUCUGAUCAACAGCCUUGAUGCAGUUUUCCUUUGACUUAUUAACAGCAGGAGAUGAAGUUGUUUAAGGAUAACCAGUCUAAUUUGAUGCAUAUUGAUGACAUCAUACAAUUGUGAGAUGGGGUUAACUGCUGGAACUUGGAAAAUUUAAACCAAUUAGACUUUUUUGUACUCGUCCAGCAAUGGCCUCUCUUUGUUUUAUCACACUGUUAGCACCCUAUAAAAUGGAUGGCAAGUACUCACAGCUGUGGCUGAAAAUUGCUGAAAUUAGAGCCUUGAAUAUCUAUAAAAUAUUGUGAUACCUAUUGCAGUAGACUUUUACACUGUCAAAAGAGAAUGAUUAAAAAUGUUUGCAAUUAACAACACAGCUGUUGGUGAGUACUUUGUCAUUGCCCUGUUAUUUCAUUCCUGACUAUAAAAUAUUGGCAAUGCACUCACUCAGUUUGGAACCAGUGUGGGUAAUUCCGAAGGAUGAAGCAAAUUGUUAGCUGUGGACAUUUGUCUACCAGUGUAAUGUCAUUUUUGAGUCCAGGAACACUAUGGCAUCAUCCAAUUUGUUAUUCCACAGUGAUAUGAGGGUAUUUUGUAAUAUAACAUUUUGUUAAGUUACUGUACUCAUUGAGAGAAAAAGUUACUUAUUUAAACACAACGGAAAUGUCCACUGAUGAUUGAUAACAAUUUUCAUUUACGUGUGGUAUUUUUCUACUUAGGCACUUGGAAUUAUGAAUGACAUACAUUCACUCCAGCUUUGUGGGUUUCAAAGUGGCUGAUUUUUCCACAGAUAGAUAGAUGGUGGUUUGCAGGGCAGAAUACUAGAGAGAUUUUGAGGUGUUUGCUCCUUGCACCAUUAUACAAUGCCUAUGCAUACUCCUGAUACAUUAAUUAGAUAUACUCAAUACCAUCCCAGGUCUCUUUCAUUUUGGGCCAGAAAUUCCCAGGUUCAGUAGACAUAUUCCAUUUAUUCAAGGGUGCUUUGAGCACAUCCUUGAAUUUUUUCCUCUGGUCACCUGGUCAUGUCCUGCCAUGAAUAAAGUAUCUGAAUUUAGAAUCAGAUGACAGGCAUUUGAAGACAUGAUCUGCCUAAUGUCGUCAACUGUAGCAUUAGUGACCUGAGUGGAGAAGUCAGUGUAAUUGUUUGGGGUCAAAGAAACAAGGAUCCAGGAAUGGUUAUCCCAGACAUGUUACUUAUUUAGUCAAUGCACAAGGAAAUCUCUUAUCCAGGCAGUGUGCAAAUGAACAAGGGUUAAUUAGAAUAGCUUCAGUGGAAGGGAAAUUGAUAUUUCACACUGCAAAAUAUUUUGACUGACCAGAGGAAAAUUCAUACACUUGCUUACCACUCCCUUCACAUGGAAAUUCGUUUGUGAUAUGAAGUGACGAUUGAGUUUCCCCAAAGUCCUCGUUUAUAUAGGUCGCCCAAUGACAACCGGUUAGGGCCAGGUAAUAUGGAUCCAGUAUCUGAACUUGGACUAAAGGCAGCUUGGAUAUCCAGUGAGCUCUCUCAGGAGCCACUCUGCUUCCUUCAUUAAUGGAGUCACAUACCAAACUGGCCUUUGCCUGUAAUGUAAUGUUAUGUGAGGUAUUUGGGCAUUGAGAGAACCAAGAGAUAAAGGGUUUUUGCAGACUCCUAGUUAGAGUCUUGCAUAAUUUUAUUGAAUGGCCAAGCAGGCAAAUGUGGCUAAAUGGCUCACUCAGUCCUUCAGAUUCUGUCACCUUCAUUCCAGAUUUUAAUUGCAAAGUAGCUGCACAUUGCUGAGCUGAUCAGCAGUGAUGAGCUGUUUUCUAUUUUGGAAUGCUGUUUUCUCACGAGACCCCUUCAAAACAUGCUCAUUUCUUCUGUGGAUUAACAGAAAUAUUCAAAAAAUAUGAAAAAUCCUUUAAAAAACUGUAAGCUGAGGUGAAUAAUGAAACUACAAGCUUCUUAAUGCUUGCAAUGAGCAGCAUUGAUUCAGAUGACAGGACAUUUUCCUUCCUUCUGCUUUCCAAAAGAUGUGUGUUUCAGAUACUUUCCAGAAUCUAAGCCGAUGCUCCAAAAUAUUACUACAAGAGUGCUGCCCUGCCAGAGGAACUUUCCUUUUUAAACUAAGACUUGGGAGCCUUUUCAGGUGCGGAAAAAGCACCUGCACAAUGAAUUGGGAGAAGAGUGGAGAUGUCCAAAGCAAAAUCCAUCCUUCACUAAAAAAACCGCAUAAUAAAACACUUUAUUUGUUUGCUCUCUUAUUAAGAUAGCCUGGAGAAAGUUUACUAGUAACUGUCCUACUCACAUUAUAAAUUGAGCUGUGUUACACUUUGGGAUACUUCAUAAAUGUGAAAGGUGCUUAAUAAAUCUUAAGACUCUCUCUGUCCCUUCUUUCUUUUGCUGUUUUGAAAUGUUUUGCAGAAGACAGCUCUUGAUGCUGCAGACUUCGGAGUAGAUAAGAUGCAGACAAUUUCUGUUUCAGUUGAUAAUAAUUCAUGUUUAUGCGAUCACUUUCAGUUAUAUUAAAAGCAGGCACUAUCUCUGUUCAAUUAUUGAUGGCAUGUCUCAUACCAUUAUGUAUGUGAGAAAUUGAAGUACUCUGCUGGAAGCUAAUUAUCACUUAAGAACCAUACGUAGCAAAAUGAGUAACUAGAAGCUGCAGUUAAUUGCUGCCUUAUUUAAAAUGUUGUACACGUUUAUAAAGAAAACUGUCGAUUGUUGAGAUUCAGAAGUGUCAAGGGAGAUCUUUAAAUGCUAUGCACAAUACAACUUGAGAAAUUGGACAAUUGGGGGUGAAGUUAUGUGGAUACUUACUUUAAAAGGCCAAUUUAAAAAGAAGCUUUACCUAAAGGGAUCAUCAAUUCACAUAUAUGUUCGUAUCUCUCAUACUCUGAUGUUUUGUCCACUCUUCAAUUUGUAAUCAGUGACUGUCAAUUUCCAAAUAAACCUCACUUAUAUGGCCUGGCUAAGUUUAAGGAUCAGCAUUGCAAUUAAACACCCAGACAACGAUGUGUGGCACCCUGACCUCUGGAUGUGUGGUUCUUAUUAGAAGUGCAAAGUCUGGAAAAAAAAUAACAACAUAUAGUAGCUACAUGUAGAUGAUUAUCAGUUUUGACUAUGGUAUCAUCUCCCUUCAAUGACUAACCAGAGGCAAUUAGAAGCAGGUGUAAUGUGUGAGUUUUUGUAGCUGGAUCAAGAACAUAAUUUCAUACAUGUGGUCAAUUGCACUUUGGUAAUAAUAUCCCUGCAAAAUAUCUUCCCACUGGGGUUCCUUUUACCGUUAUCCUGGAAUGGGAAGUAGUACCACUGAGUAAGGCAAUACAUUACUCAGCUGCAUAAACACAAGAGCAUAUGCAGAUACUGGAAAGACUCGAGUAACACACACAAAAUGCUGGAGGAACUCAGCAGGUUAGGCAGCAACCUGCCAUCUUGAACUCCUUCACCUGCCCCCUACCUUCAUAUUCUGCUUCUGCCCGCUUCCUUCCCAGUCCUGAUGUGGAGUCUGGCCUGAAGUGGUGACUGUUUAUAGGAAUAAAACAGCAUUAUCCACAAUGCGUCAUUUCAUUCAAAAAUCUCCUACCAGCUCAUAUAGCAGCAAAUUAUAAACAUGCGUAAGUCUGCAGAUGCUGGAAAUCUAAAGUAACACACACAAAAUGCUGGAGGAACUCAGCAGGCCAGGCAACAUUUAUGGAAAUGAAAUAACAGUCGAUGUUUUGGGCCGAGACCCUUCUUCAGGACUCAUUGAGCAAAAUUGCUUCCUGCAUGCAGUACUCCAGUUCUUGAGAAAGGAGUGAGAUUAUCCUUCUGAUACCAAAGCAAAACAGAAAAUGUUUGAAAUAGCAGGUCACGCCACGUCUGUGGAAAGAGAAACAAGAGUCAAUGUUUCAGAUGGAAGACCAUUCAGCGUUCUUCACUAAUUUUGAUUAUCCAUGUGAAGCCCUCUUACAUGUACAAAUUUGUCUAGUUCCUUGAUAUUGGUAAUCAACAAGCAUGCAGAUUGUCAAGAAAUAGCUCCAACCAAGAUGGUGAAAAUUGUUGAACUAUUUAUGAGUUAUGCUUUCAUUUUGCUGUUUCAAUUUAACUGCGGGAAAAUUAAACUGACUAUUCUAACUAAUUAGUGCUUGCUGGCACGUCCCUUAUAAGAGCUCUUCUCAUGCCACAAUGAAAGCAUAACUUUCUUUAGCUUUGAUCUAGUUUCCUACAUUAAAUCCAUGCCUGAACUUAAAAAAUGGGAUAACAUGAGGCUGUGAAGGUACUUUAUAAAUGAAAAUCCCUUUUUUUUCCCCUUAUUCUUUAGUAUAUCAACAUAGUUUACGUCAAAAACUCUGUUUGUCUCACAUUUCACCAUUCUCAGGAUAGAGUUGUUUCUAUUAAAUUCUUUAUUGAAUU